UAAAAUCUUUUGUUGACAUAUUUUAUCACUAUUUAUUAAACAUUUGUAUGUAGCACAUUCAUGUUUGUCUCUUUAUAUAGAGAGAAUAAAAGUACAGUCCCUGUUGCAAGAAUGAAGGCUAGACAUGACUUGACACCUAGGUUAUGAUGCAUAGUGAGAUGACAUCAGGCAUGGGAAGGGAGGCUUACACAAAAUAACACUGAACUUGCUUGCUUUUGUAAGUUUGAAAAGCCUGGUGUGCGGGAAGAUUGGGAUUACCCUGACAUGGCUAAGGAGGCAGGUCAGAAGGCUUUAGCUGAUGCAGGUGUUCCUUACUCAGCAGUGGAGCAGGCAUGUGUGGGCUACGUUUACGGUGACUCAACAUGUGGUCAACGGGCUAUCUACCACAGUUUGGGAUUAACUGGCAUUCCUAUCAUUAAUGUUAACAACAACUGUUCCACUGGAUCCACUGCUUUGUUCAUGGCCCGGCAAGUGAUCCAGGGAGGUUUGGCAAAUUGUGCUUUGGCUCUUGGCUUUGAGAAGAUGGAAAGGGGGUCCCUUGAAGCUAAAUUCCCAGACAGGACAAAUCCAAUAGAUAAACAUAUGGAAGUGAUGAUAAACAAAUAUGGCUUGUCUGCAGCUCCAGGAGCACCACAGUUGUUUGGAAAUGCUGGAAAAGAACAUAUGGAAAAAUAUGGGACAAAACAAGAACACUUUGCAAAAAUUGCAUGGAAGAAUCAUAGCCAUUCAACUAACAACCCGUUUUCCCAGUUCCAAAAGAAGUACAGUUUAGAUGAAGUGUUGCAGUCUCGCAAAAUUUAUGAUUUUUUGACUCUUUUACAGUGCUGCCCAACAUCUGAUGGAGCUGCAGCUGUGGUUUUAGCUAAUGAGGAGUUUGUGAGAAAACAUGGAUUGGAGUCAAAAGCAGUGGAAAUUGUGGCCCAAGAGAUGGUCACUGAUCUUGCAAGUACAUUUGAGGAGAAUAGUUGUAUUAAGGCGGUUGGCUAUGAUAUGAGUAAAGAAGCUGCGAAAAGAUGUUUUUCCAAAGCAGGUCUGAAACCUACAGAUGUGGAUGUGAUUGAACUCCAUGAUUGUUUCUCAUCUAAUGAGCUCAUUACUUAUGAAGCUUUAGGACUUUGUCGGGAAGGAAGAGCUGGGGAGCUGAUUGAUAGAGGAGACAAUACUUAUGGUGGAAAAUGGGUGAUAAACCCCAGUGGUGGUUUGAUUUCUAAAGGACACCCAUUGGGUGCCACAGGUCUGGCUCAGUGUGCUGAACUCUGCUGGCAGCUAAGAGGGGAAGCUGGGAAGAGACAAGUUCCUGGUGCAAAGGUUGCUCUGCAACAUAACAUAGGCCUUGGUGGUGCUGUAGUUGUAACAUUAUACAGAAUGGGUUUUCCUGAAGCUGUAAGCAGCCAGCGCAUCCAGGCUAUUCCCACCAGAGCAACUGUUGAUGGAUUUAAGGCCCAUCUUGUCUUCAAAGAGAUUGAAAAGAAACUUGAAGAGGAAGGAGAACAUUUUGUCAAGAAAAUUGGUGGUAUCUUUGCCUUCAAAGUAAAAGAUGGUCCUGAUGGUAAAGAAGCAACCUGGAUAGUAGAUGUGAAAAAUGGUAAAGGCUCUGUAGAUAUUAAUUCAGAUAAGAAAGCUGACUGUAUAAUUACAAUGGCUGAUUCUGACUUGUUGGCUUUAAUGACGGGCAAAAUAAAUCCACAGACAGCUUUCUUUCAAGGUAAAUUGAAGAUUUCUGGGAACAUGGGCAUGGCUAUGAAGCUUCAGAGCCUACAGCUUCAGCCAGGCAAAGCUAAACUUUGAAUUCAUUUGACUGCACUUCACACACAAGACUUGAUAUCUAUAUUUGUCAAAAUCCAGAGUGGAACUAGACAUUGAAAGUAACAGUAGUACAGGUUUUUCUAAAUUUGGGUAAUCAAAUCCAUCUUUCCUAAACUUAAUAGAACGUUAAUAGAGAUUUAAGUACUGUCUUGCUGAACUCCAUAUAUCUGUCUAGUGCAAAGUGAAUGUAGUAAUUGUGACUUUAGACUAAACUGAGGCAUUCAUGGUUAUAAACAGUAUAAUGCAAGGAAUUAUAUAAACAAAAUUUGGUGUUAACCAGCCUGAAUUUUUUUUUAAAAGCCUUACGUAUUUUUAAUGAGAGAGGUCACUUUGCUGUCAUUGAACUUAAAUCUAACAAAUUGGUUCUUUAAUUAAAAUUAUUUUCUGAGAGGAAUCUCUACAGCCACAUAACUCUUUUUAAACUCUUAGGAAUCUGCUUUUAAAAUAUCUUCCAUACUACUGCUUUGGAAAUUAAGAAAAAAACAAAAAACCUCUAGAAGUAAAUAAAAACAUUCAAAAUUAGUGGUCAGACCAAGAUUUGCUUUGAGAUUCACAGCAUUAAUUGUAACGACUCAUCACCUUGAAAUAAGAUUGAGAGGAAAAUCAGAUAGCAUCUGCUUUGGUUAAAUACUUAUUGAUAAAAUGUUCCUAGAGCUGAUAAUUCUUUUAAGUUCUUACCGAAUACUGUAAAAAAUUCUUAUUCCUUUUUAUUCGGUUUUGGAGAAAUAAUGUAUUCUGGUCAAAUGUUUAAUAGAAAAUUAAAUAUGCUUUUCCUAUUC